UCCAGGGGACUUUCAUGGUUCAGUAACUCAUUGUGUCGGUUAUAAAAGCAGGUAGCAGAACUCCACCUGACAGACAUCAUAUGUCAGAUCCUUACAGAAGAGCAAUGACCAUUAAGCUGUUUGUUCUCCUGCUGGUUCCCGUGGUGACCAGCAGCUCAGAUCUCUGCCUCCCUUUGGACUGCAAUGACAUCUACAACCAAGACACCAGCCGACCCAGCGGAGUUUACACCAUCUAUCCUAUCGGAACCACAUCGGCCGUCCAGGCUUACUGCGACAUGGACUCUCUGGAAGGAAAGUGGACGGUUUUCCAGAGGAGGAUGGACGGCUCUGUGAACUUCUACAGGCCCUGGAAUCAGUACAAGUUCGGCUUCGGGAACGCCGCAGGAGAAUACUGGCUCGGUCUGGAGAAUGUCUUUCACCUGACUAAGAGGAAAACAGAGCUGCUGAUCGACAUGGAGGACUUCGAAGGAAACAAGUCGUAUGCUCGUUACACCUCGUUCUCCGUGGGCCCAGAGACUGACGGCUACAGACUUCACCUCACUGGGUUCACUAAUGGAGGGGCAGGAGACUCUCUAAGUCACAUCAGUGGACAGAAGUUCUCUACGUUCGAUAAAGAUCAGGACACUUGGGUGAACAACUGCGCCCGAUCGUUCCUUGCAGGGUUCUGGUACUCCGAUUGUCACUCUGCAAACCCAAACGGCGUGUACCUCUGGGGGUCCGACAGCACUCAUUAUGCCAUCGGAGUGGAGUGGAUUUCCUGGAAGGGCAGGGCCUACUCCCUGAAGGCCAUCAGCAUGAAGAUCCGUCCAGUACAGUGAACUGGGAUGGGAUGUAAGCGUCAUCAGAAGUUUCCAAGAACCCAGGAAGGAAUUUCCAGCAAUUACACAGGAUAUGAUGAAAGAAGCUGGGCGAUAGUUUGGACUUGAACAAAUACUGGAGAAAUGGUCAGACGUAAUUCAACCGGUCAGAAUCGUCCCACUCAGGCGCUGAACUCAGAAGGAGCUCAGCUGCUGCCUCAGCAACUCCACUAGGUUUUAAAAGCUGCAGUCUCCCCAUUCAUCCAUCAGAUGUCGCUGUUGCACCGGUCUGAAUUUCUUCUGUUUCUGUCAGUAAAACUACUUUGAUUCAUGAACUAAAUAAUAACCUGUUGUUUACUGAAGGAAUAAGAUCGUGUUAUCUUAUUAUUUUUUAACAUACAAUAUGUAAUGCAGAUAUAAAAAAAAUACUCACUUUUCCUCAAACCAACAGCAUUGUGUUGUUACAGCCUAAAUGAUAAUCUUUCAGUGUUGCUGCCUCUGUAGAAUGAAGUCAAAUUAUUCCAGUAU